AUGGCGAUCUUGGCAGGCCUCGUCGCCGUCCUCUCCGCCCUCCUCGCCGCCGCGCUCCGGCGCCUCCUAAUCCCGCGCCGCCGCCCCGCGGACGCCGCCGGGUUCUUCCACCCGUACACCAACGACGGCGGCGGCGGCGAGCGCGUGCUCUGGUGCGCUGUGCGCGCCGUGCAAGAGCUCCGCCCGGACCUCCCCUGCGCCGUCUACACCGGCGAUGCCGACGCCGCGCCCGAUGCUCUUGCCGCGCGCGCGCUCGACCGGUUCGGUGUCCGUCUCCUCCGCCCGCCGCAGGUUGUUCACUUGAAUAAGAGAAAGUGGAUCGAAGCAAGCACCUAUCCCCACUUCACAAUGAUUGGGCAAAGCCUUGGCUCCGUUUAUCUUGCAUGGGAGGCCCUUACUAAUUUUACCCCCCAGUUUUACUUUGAUACAAGUGGCUAUGCUUUUACAUAUCCACUGGCUCGGCUAUUUGGUUGCAAAGUCAUCUGCUAUACUCAUUACCCUACAAUCAGUUCUGAUAUGGUUGAACGUGUUAAGCACCACAGUUCUAUGUACAAUAACAACUCUCGUAUCGCAGGAAGCAUUUGGCUGUCCCGAUGCAAAAUCCUUUACUAUACCAUAUUCAGUUGGUUAUAUGGUCUGGUGGGUUCAUGUGCACAUCUUGUAAUGGUUAAUUCGUCAUGGACAAGAUCCCAUAUUAUAAACAUUUGGAAGAUCCCAGAGCGUACUAAGAGGGUGUACCCUCCAUGUGAUACUUCUUCUCUUCAGAAGCUUCCCCUGGAAAGACCAACAACGCCUCCUAUUUUUAUUUCAGUUGCACAGUUCCGCCCAGAAAAGGCCCAUGGUCUUCAGCUGGAGGCAUUUGCACUUGCUCUUCAAAGGCUAGAUCCUGACUUUCCUAAGCCAAAGCUUCAAUUUGUCGGUAGUUGCCGGAAUAAAGAGGAUCUGGCCAGACUACAAAAGCUUAAGGACAGAUCCACUGAACUACACAUAGAUGAGCUUGUGGAGUUCUACAAGGAUAUUUCUUACAGAGACCUGGUACAACUUCUUGGGGGUGCCAUUGCUGGGCUCCAUUCGAUGACAGAUGAACAUUUCGGAAUAAGUGUUGUUGAGUAUAUGGCAGCUGGAGCUAUUCCAAUUGCGCAUAAAUCGGCAGGACCAAUGAUGGACAUUGUGCUAGAUGAGGAUGGGCAUCAAACAGGAUUUCUAGCCUCCGAGAAGGAAGAUUACACUGAAGCAAUUAUCAAGGUCUUGAAGAUGCCGGAGUCAGGGAGGCAAGAAAUGGCAGCUGUGGCUAGGAAACGUGCACAAAGAUUUUCAGAUCAGAGAUUCCAUGAAGAUUUCACUGAGGCUGUUCGCCAUAUUUUGUCAGCAAGGGAAGCCUGA